AAUCUUCUGGCUUUUGUAGCUCUCACAAAAUAAGGAGCUCAGCAAGAGAAACUCACAAUUCCACAAACCUAUUCAAUUCAAAAGACAUAAUGAGCUCUUCUUCUGCAAGCUUUGACGACGGAGCCACCAUCCUCCACCUCCAUGACCCUGAGGAACACGAACUACCCUCCAUCAAAUUUGACAUGUCCAUUUUUGUGGGAGUCAUGGUGUGUGUCGUCAUUGCAAGUUCCAUGAUUGUGGCAUUCCUUCUUUAUAUUUCCAAAAUGCAAGAGAAGGCGGCAAGGAAGCACAAAGAGGGCAAGAAAAGGCAGAGCUUUGAGGACCUCAAAAGCAACUUGGAAUGCAAACCAUGGGGAAGUGACAAGGACGAAACAGAGCACACCAUGGACAUGUCAUCGGCUGAGUCUGAUGAAAGUUCCUCAUCUAUUGAGUCUGUCAUUGAGGAGGAGGGUGAUGAAGAGAUGCAGUUGCAGACGAUUGCCAUGAAUGGAGAUGAUGACCUCGACAGCAGCCAGCAAUCCAAGCAUCAGAAGGAUGGUUCCUGUUGCCCCAUUUGCAAUGAGAUCUAUCAGUUUGGACAACCUGUCUAUGAAUCAAACAAUCCCCAUUGUGGACAUCAAGCACACAAAGUCUGCAUGGGCAAAUGGCUCGAAUGUCAGAAUUCAUGCCCAAUCUGCAUCCAGCCCUUUGUCUUGAGAACAGUCUAGCUAUUUUUCCCUCGUGCUGCUUCCGUUCCAGCGAUGGCAUGAUCUGCAAAACCAAUGUUCAAAUGUACAAUAGGCCCUCCAGUUUCUCCCUCUCUUGACCAGAGAUCACAGCGAACCACCUUCCUGUCUCCCAGCUCCCAAACUGUGAAACUCCUCUUCCCUCCCCAAUUUUCCAUAAAUUAGAACAUUUUCUAACGUUUUGA